AUGGUCGGUGACAGUGGGUAUCUGGUGAAGUCUAUACUUUCUGCCUGGCUCCUGGAAGAAACCUCGGGCAAUUUGUCGGCAUAUGACCUAAUAGCUCCUAACACUGUUCUCGUUAUUUCAUUAAAAGAUCCAGCAAUUUUGUCGGGUAUACCGCAUGUGCAGGCCUUGGUUGAACACUUUGAUUGCAUUAUUGAGUGGCAUUCAACAGAAGGAGCAGCUACUACAGCAAAUCAAAAAGUUGCAACUAUAUAUGGCGCUCCUAGCGAUCUUGUUCGUUGUGAGCUUCUAGUUAAAACUAUUCUCUCCCGCGCUUCAAGUAUUGCUACUUACGCAAAAAAAUUUAAAGAUCUACUCUCUGAGCUUUCGUGGAAAGGUGAACUUGUAUCCCCAUUUGUUUAUACACCCGGUUUCGCUCUGGUUGAAGAAAAUGCAGUGUUUGCAGCCGGAGUACCAAGUUCGAGAAAACUAUCGUCAUUUGUACUUCCUUCAUGCCAUGUUAUUGCAGCUGGUGGAAUUAGUCAGGCUAUUAAUUCUAUCCGAUCUAAGGCUGGUGUUAAUGCUUCCAUAACCCUUGAAUGCAGUACAUAUGAACUUGCAUUAGCUGGAGCGAAGAACGGCGUGAAUUGUGUUCGUUUUACUAACCUAAACGCUAAGGACUUGGAAAAGUAUUCAAAAUUGCUAAAAUCCGCCAAGUCAUCGUUGAUUAUUGAAGCUUCUGUGGACAUCGACGAGUCAAAUUUGAAGGAGUUCGCAUUACCAAAUGUAGAUGUCUUGACGACUCCAAAACUUUUCAACGGAUAUCCAACAAUUGAGGUCGUUUUGCGAUAUGAAGUCUUGAAAGAUUCCGAACAGAUUCAAAAAUACAAAGUUGGUAAGUUUAUCGCUCGGUUUAUCAAUCUUUUAAUAAUCGUGCUAUUCCGUUCUGGAUAA